GGGCUUUUUGCAUUUGCCUUCUGGCCUCAUGGGGCCACCCAGCCGGCUCUUCCCUGUAGCCACCUGGACCAGCAACUGCGUUAAAAAAGCAGAGCGGCUCCUGCAAUCAGCUGGCUCAGCGUGCGUGUUCCGGAUCAAUGCCCUCUCACUCGUCUACCUGCUCUACCUGCUGCUGCUGCCCUGGUUCCUGGGACCCACGGAGCACACCAUCACAGGGCACACAGGCCGUCUCCUCCAAGCACUCCUGGGAACCAGCGUUCUCUUCCUCAUUGCCCACCUGGUCUUCCAGAUAUGCCUGUACACGGUGCCCGGCCUGGACCAGCUGCUGGGCCAGAACUGCAGCACGUGGGAAACGCUCGCCCGUCACAUUGGGGUCACCAGGCUGGACCUAACCGACAUCCCCAACUCCGUACGCCUGGUGGCGCCCGACGUGGGGAUCCUGCUGGUCUCCGCCAUCUGCCUGGGCCUGGGCCGGCGCCUCGUGGCGCGGGGCCGGACGCCGGAGUCGCUCGAGCCCGGACUUGAGGUGAGAUGCUGGCGCCAGGCUGCUCCGUGGGCGGAGCUUGCCGGGCCCCGACGGACGGGUGCUGGGGCAGGAGGGGAGCUGCUGAGGCUGCGCUCUGCCCUGGCAGUGCCCGUCGUGUUUCAGCCGCUCCGCAGGAGCCAGGCAGGAUGACGGUAAAGCAGCCGCUCCGCCCGGCUGCCCAACCCCCCCCUCCUUCCCCUUCUGGCCCCAGGGCAGCCGGGGGGGGCAACGGGACACGCUCCUCUCCUCCCAGGCUGGAUCAGUCACUGCAGCUCUGGUUGCAGGGGGGAAGUGGGGGGCAGAGGCUUCAGGCUUUUCUGCCCCGCGUGCCUAUUAGACCCACCCUUGGGCAGGGUCCUUCCCGGUGCCUUAGCCGGGCUGGCUGUCAGGUUUCGUCCAGCACAGCCCCCCCGCACCGCCGGCGAGCUGUCCUGCACAGGGCACGGCCACAGCAAUGACACUGGUGUUUAGACCUCGACGCAACCAAGGCCUGGCCGCUGGGGGCUGCCAGACUGCGGCCAUGGCCGUGGCUUGUCGGCAGCACCCCUCUGGGCUGUGGGGAGAGGGAGCGUGGGUCCCCCGCUGGCCUGUUUCCUUUCCUAGCCAGGCACUGCCCCGCCCUUU